AUGGGACUAUCUAGCGCCAGCAUCACCGCGGCCGAACGAACCAAGAUCGCCAGUGCGUAUAACGCUCAGUGCCAGAAGUGGUUCAAGUGGCUCUACGGUUAUAAUGGCUUCCCUUACGACGAGGUUAAGGUCAAUGUUGUUACAUAUGCCGUCAAGGACAAGAGCCAGCUUCAGGGCUCCACAGAUGGCUACGAGGUCUACACUGAGCUCGAUGCCGACGGUGUCCCUAUGUGCCCUGUCGCUUAUGCUCGUGAUGCUCAUCUCGAUGGUGACUAUAGUAACUGCGAGGCUGGUACUGACCGCCACUAUGACCACUCCCUCUGGUUGAAGGAUGGUCUUGAGGGUGGUUUUGGUCAUAACUGGGGUCAGGAGGUUGGUCACUGGACCCCUAUCGGCGUCACCAAGUUCAUCAUGCUUGCUGGUGCCUCUAUGGAAAUCACUGACUUCGACGGCUCGAUGUACCGCAAUUGGUGGUACUACCUCUCUCAGAAGAACAACUGGAGUUCCAGCAAAUCGAGCACUGAUGCUGCACCUGCUUCAUCCGAAUCAAAGCCUACGACUAACACUGCCGCACCCACAACCAAGACCACUACUCCCAAGCCCAGCACCACCAGCACCAAGGCCAUCACCGCUAAGCUUGCCUCUAGCAAGAAGGCCACUGCUGCCAAGGCUCCCGUCACUCAGGUUACUUCGACCGAAAACGCUGCUAGUGCCGAGGUUGCUGCUUGGGGUCAAUGUGGCGGUAACAACUGGGCUGGUGCCACCAAGUGUGCUUCUGGUACCAAGUGCAUCAAGCAAAACGACUACUACUCUCAGUGUGUUGCGAACUAG